UGCGCAGUGGGCGGAGCUAUCUGGAGUCCUGACGGGAAGGUCUUUUUGUUUGGGCCGCUGUGAGAGACGACACUUGCUUUACUUCCCCUGGUUCACAACCGUUUUUUAUCUGCAUUAAUUUCGGUGUCUUUUAUGAAUAAUCAAAAGCAGCAAAAGCCAACGCUAACCGGCCAGCGUUUCAAAACGAGGAAAAGAGAUGAAAAGGAGAGAUUUGACCCUACUCAGUUUCAAGAAAGUAUCGUACAAGGCUUGAAUCAAACUGGCAGUGAUUUGGAGGCGGUCGCGAAGUUCCUUGAUGCCUCUGGCGCCAAACUUGACUACCGCCGGUAUGCAGAGACACUGUUCGACAUCCUGGUGGCCGGCGGGAUGCUGGCCCCCGGCGGGACUCUGUCUGACGACAUGACCCGCACCGAGUUCUGCCUCUUUACGGCGCAGGAAGACCUGGAGACAAUGCAAGCAUAUGCUCAGGUUUUUAACAAGCUGAUCAGGCGUUACAAGUACCUGGAGAAGGGUUUCGAAGAGGAGAUCAAAAAGUUGCUGCUGUUUCUGAAGGGGUUCACUGAGUCUGAGCGCAACAAACUAGCCAUGCUGACCGGCAUCCUGCUGGCUAACGGCAGCAUAUCCGCCUCCAUCCUGAUCAGCCUCUACAACGAAAACCUCGUCAAAGAGGGCGUCUCUGCAGCCUUUGCUGUUAAGCUGUUCAAGUCAUGGAUCAAUGAGAAAGACAUCAACUCUGUUGCUGGUAGUCUCCGCAAAGUGGGCAUGGACAACAGGCUGAUGGAACUUUUCCCUGCCAACAAAAGGAGCUGUGAGCAUUUUUCUAAGUACUUUACCGACGCCGGGCUGAAGGAGCUGUCUGACUUCGCCCGCAACCAGCAAUCCAUCGGCGCCCGCAAGGAGCUGCAGAAGGAGCUCCAGGAGAUGAUGUCCCGCGGCGACCCUCAGAAGGAGAUCAUCGCCUUCACCAGAGAGGAGAUGAAGAAGUCCAGCCUCUCUGAGCAGGCCAUGAUCAGCAUCAUCUGGACCAGCCUGAUGAGCUGCGUAGAGUGGAACAAGAAGGAAGAGCUGGUGACCGAACAAGCCAUCAAACACUUGAAGCAAUACAGCCUUCUGCUGAAAGCCUUCACCUCCCAGGGUCUGUCUGAGCUCAGCCUGCUGCUGAAGAUCCAGGAGUACUGCUACGAUAACAUCCACUUCAUGAAGGCUUUUCAGAAGAUCGUGGUGCUCCUCUACAAAGCUGACGUAUUGAGUGAAGAGGCCAUACUGAAGUGGUACUCUGAAGCCCACCUCGCCAAGGGGAAGAGCGUUUUUCUCGAGCAGAUGAAGAAAUUCGUAGAGUGGCUGAAGAACGCCGAGGAAGAGUCUGAAUCGGAUGAAGAGGAGGCGGACUGAAACCUUCAUCGCCAGUCAAGCUUUUCUUCUUUUUUUUUUCCCAUUUUGGUUGUUUUGUUUUGUAGCAGCAGGAGCAGUAGAAUGUCUUGACCCUUCCUCUUCUACCUCCUGUUACUGAUUUAUCUCCACAAACACUCACUUCCACCACUGAAACAUCUAAGCUACAUUUCAAAGUAAACCGUUGAGGCAUCGCUGCUCCCCCGGGGAGUCAGGAGACCAUGAUUUCUGCCCUCCUGAUUGAUUUCCAACGCCUCCUGUAACUGGGAAUCAUGGUGAUCCUCCAUCCUGAAGCGGGGUGGGGUUUCUAUUUAAGUUCAAGCCGUGCCACCUCAAGGCUGACAAAUGUAAAAUCAGUUUUGCCAAAGUUCUUCCUGUCCCGCUUUCCUUAAACUUUACUUAUUUUUUAUUUUAUUUCUUUGGAGAGCUCAGUUUAUUUUUGUUUCCAUUUUCUUUCCUGUUUCUGGUCAGUCCGUCUGAAGAAACGUACCCCCCCGCCCUGUAAGAUGCCUCGCCAGCUACCUGAUUAUCGUCAGUUUAUACUUUCUUUAAUCUGAUAUAAACCAAUUUGACUUUUUUAUGAAUAAAGAUUAUUGAAACGCU